UUCGAAAACGCACAGAACGGUUCGCAAACAAUCCAAGACUCAACAUAUCUUUCGCACUAUAAAGGACCAUCCGCUUGGCAGUAAACAAUGUGGACCAUUUGCAUUGCGUCGACGUUGCGGCCACGAAGGAACUACACUUCCCAGUUGCUGACACAUUGUCCCCUUUCGAUGUUGCGGACGUAGUCCCCCGAAGAGAACUGGCCGAAUUAUACCUACACAAUGCCCCUGAACAACACACUACGCCCCGGAAGCUCCACUGUCAAAAAGGGAUGGAGCGCCGCAUCGACUUCUCCCUCGCAUCUUGUGUCUUGCGACGAAAGAACAACCCGACCCCAGAGAAUCUGGACACACUGCAGCAUCAUGGGCAACCUUGUCUCCACCCCACUUCCAAACUCACGGCCCCUAGCCUGGCCGAUCGAGAGUUUAGAAACAUACAGGGCGAGUCUAGACGCGGAUGAUCUGCUCAAGGUCCUAGUCGAAGACUUCUCAGGUUGCGAGGCGGUGGAACUUGCUGCCAGCGGGCUGGCAGCGUUGAACGACGAAGAGACUGUUUCGAGGACCAUGGAAGGCCCGCAAUCACAGUAUGAUGAAUGGCUCCCUUCAUAUGCUGACCUACUCGAGCAUGGCUAUAUCGAGUUCCCCGCUGGCCCUCGACCCGAGUACUGCAAGACCAGUGACUGGUAUAUCCACCCAGUGCUUGAGAAGUCAAAGUGGGAGAGACUCGCAAUAGGCCAGAAAGCGUUCGAUGUAAUAUACGACAGGAUAAGGCCAGCUCUUGCCCUAGUCACAAGGUUUCUCUCGAUCGACGAGGCGAAUGAUUGGUGGCUCCAUGUACUCAACGGCCAGAUCGUCCAGGAGACGUCCGGAAACAAAAGAGUAUACUUUGCCCCUGGAGAGCACACUCGAGAUCUGGAAGCGGCGCUCACCGACCUCUCUGCCAAGCUCCGUUUUGUGUGGAUGGCUUUGCCUGAAUGUACAGGUACAAUGUUCCAUACCCCGUACGAUGUGCUCGCGACAAUGGACAGGGAAGAAUGGGAGCAAAAGCGCCGUGAGCACCAUGACGAGUAUUCCCCUGUGAUUGGGCUCUCGUCGGUUUACCUCUACCAUCUACUGAGACCGCUGAGCAAGGCGAAAAAUCUGCGCCUUCAGAUUUGUUUGGCCGGCACCAUCGGACAUGAGCUUGCCCAUGCGUUCUAUUCUCAUGUCCAUGGAGCACAGUAUCACGAGGUAUACCAUAACCCGACGGACUUCAUGCCGGAGAUGGGGUACUCCUGGGAACAGCAUGUAUUUGGUUGUAUCCUUUCUCUGCGUAAUAUCGCUGAUCCUGGAAUAGGUCCUGUCCGUGCUAGCAGCGUGGAGAACCUAUAUGCUUCGCCCUCCAUUAGCAAGCCAAUGACCAUGGAGUGGGUUGAAAAGUGGUUUCUUCUCGAGACUUGGCAGGUCGAGAAUGUGACGCUCCCUAGGACUCAACCGGUGGAAACUUAUGAAAAUCCCGGAGAUUACUCUGGUGCUUUCUGGGCGGAGGUGUGGAAUGCGGAGCGGGGAGUCUUCGAGGAACGUCUAUACCUAUACGUAGGUACUCCAGACGCACGCACCGGUAAGUCAAAGCGAAAAGGAGCGAAUCAGAAGGGGACUCCGACGUUGAGUAUCAGGGACUGGUGGCUGGGCAACAAGAACAACCCAGCUCGCCCUGGAAAGAGAGAUCGCCAUAUUCAGCGAGCUCUUGCAGCGGGCUAUCCCAAAGAGAAUAUCCAGAUUGGGCGGCCAGAGUGCUACCGGAACCAGUGUUAUGACACCGUAGAGCACGGAAACUCAGAGUCGGCGUAGGCAUCUCCUCUGGGUUGAAGCCACUCUCCACUCGGGUCGGCAUUGAGGAAAAGAGUUCCCGAUACAGGUGCUCUGGGUUGCUAGUUGCUUCCUCAAGCUCAACGAUUCUUCCAAGGCUGUGCAUGACGACAGCCGCCCCUCAGACGAAAGGAUUCCACCAAACGAUUG